CGGGGAGAGAAAAGGCGGAGUCUAAGACCCAGCGGUAGUGCUGAUAGUACAAUAGAGCUGUUGUGCUGCUGAGUGGAAGGGAGAUUGCAGGGCUGGGAAUGGAGAGAGUGGAAUGAAAGGGGGGAAAAAAAGGAGAGAAAACAGCGCGAUUGAGCCCUGGGUCGGGUCAGUGUUGAGGGAGAAGGCAGUACGACGGGGGGAAGACGGACCCCAAGCCCCCAUCGCUCACGCCGGGAGGGAAAAGGGAUGUGUGGUGGCCAUUACCAGCGCAACAGGAGAAUACAGUAGUAUGCUCUUCAACUUGGGAUUUAUGGACGCGUCAGGAUGAAAAGCCACAGGCCUUCCAGCAGCAGUGACAGUUCCGACAAUGAAAGCCCAUCAACCUCCUUCUGCUCUUCCAACAAAUAUGGGGGGAAACCUGGUACCCCCAUUGCGGAGCCAAAGAAACCAGCUGAGGUAUUCCGAAAAGACCUGAUCAGUGCCAUGAAGCUGCCCGACUCGCACCACAUCAAGCCCGAGGAUUACUACCAGCUGGCCGACACCUGGAAGCAGGAGUGGGAGAAGGGGGUGCAGGUGCCUGCCAGCCCAGACACCAUCCCCACGCCAUCCGUCAGGAUCAUCGCGGAGAAGCCCAAGGAGACCCUGUAUGCCCGCCCGCGGAAGUACGUGCAGUGCUCCAGCCAGGAGCCCGCCGAGCCUGGCUACACCAGCAUCCUGGAGCUGGCCGAGUGCAUGUGCCGCUACGACCUGGAUGACAUGGACCUGUUCUGGCUGCAGGAGCUGAACGCUGAGCUGGAGGAUAUGGGGGAGGGCUCGCUGGACGAGCUGACCAUGGAGCGGGCCAUGGAGGCCCUGGAGCGGCAGUGCCACGACAACAUGAACCACGCCAUCGAGACGGAGGAGGGGCUGGGCAUCGAGUACGACGAGGACGUCAUCUGCGACGUGUGCCGCUCCCCCUACAGCGAGGAGGGCAACGACAUGGUCUUCUGCGACAAGUGCAACAUCUGCGUCCACCAGGCGAGUCGCCCCGGGGGGGAGAGGGGGGUGGGCUUCCCCGGCUCCUGUCCCCCUCCGCCCACCGCUGGGAUGUAUAAACGAGAAGCACGUACAGGCGUGCGUCUGCUUCUAGAUGGUUUGGAAAAGGUUUUUGUGAUCAUGGUUGAAGGCAGAAGGGUGAGGGUAACCCCUCUUCAGCAGACCCGGGAAAAGAAUCGGAGUCCAGGCUACAGAGCCCCGGCUCUUGUCCCCUCGCAGUGCUCCGUGAAGAGCUGCAUCGUCGCCUUCCACGUCACCUGCGCCUUCGAACACAGCCUGGAGAUGAAGACCAUCCUGGACGAGGGCGACGAGGUGAAGUUCAAGUCCUACUGCCUGAAGCACAGCAAGCCCAGUGCCGGAGAGCCCGGCCACAGCCCGGCCCGCCACAAGAGCCCAACGGAGACGGAGAAGGUGGGGCUGCGGGCCCAGAAGCUGCAGGAACUGGAGGAGGAGUUCUACACCCUGGUGCAGCCCGAGGAGCUGGCCCAGGACCUCUGCCUGCCCGCCCGCGUCCUGGACUUCGUCUUCCAGUACUGGAAGCUGAAGCGCAAGACCAACUUCAACAAGGCCCUGCUGCCGCCCAAGGAGGAGGAGGAGAACAUGCUGCUGCAGCCCAAGGAGGACAGCAUCCACUCCCGCAUGAGGAUGUUCAUGCACCUGCGCCAGGACCUGGAGAGGGUGAGGAAUCUGUGCUACAUGGUGAGCAGACGAGAGAAACUGAAACUGUCCCAGAGCAAAGCACAAGAGCAGAUCUUCAAUCUUCAAGUGCAGCUCAUCAACCAGGAGCUGUCCGCAGGCCUUCCUCUGUCGUGUCCGCUGGAGAGCGUGCUGUUCAGGCCCCCGCCAAGGAUAACGCUGAAGCUCAAGAUGCCCAAAAUGGCUUUGGGAAAUGGCAAAAGUAGCUCCAAGGCAGGGAAUGGGCCCCUGUGCCCGGAUAACAGCGGGAAUCUUUAUGAUAAGAGUGGCGGCGGAGCCGUCCAGGGGGCGUUGAGAAGCGGGGACAAAAACAAGGCCCAGCAGCACCACCACCACCACCACCAUCACCACCACCACCACCACCACCGGCCCCGAAGGGAGGAGCACCCCAAUGGCCUGCUGGCCGGCUCCGGACACUCGCGGGGGGAGGGGGCCGCGGGCAGCGUCUCUCCGCUCCCCGCCAGGCCCUCGGGCAAACCGCUGGCGCUUCACGCUGCGCUUCACGGGCAUUCGCCUAACGGGAACAAUAAACUGGAGCAGGAGAGGGUCCGGCCCACCAAGUCGAACGGGUUUAUGGAGAAGGCCGUGACUCAGCGAGACACCUCCUGCCAGACGCCCCCCGACCACGGACCCCCCGCCCCUUUCUCAGGCAACGAGGGUCGCCCCGGCAACUUCCGGAAGGCCGCCAUGGAGCACUUCGGCCGGUCCUUCAAGGAAGCUACCGACAGCCUGGUACGGACGACCGAGGACGCGCGGGGCUCGGACAAGCCCUCCAGGAAAACCUCCACCAAAGAGCGCCCCUGGACCAAGCCGGCCCCCGAGAGGCAGGCCGGUAGCGGACAGCCCUACCAGGAGAACGACGGCUACUGCCCCGACCUGGAGCUCAGCGACUCGGAGCCCGAGGCCGAGGGCAAGCGCAAGCGCCCGCGCCUGCAGGGCGGCGGCUCGGAGGCGGGCAGCCCGGGCCGGGACUGUAGCAGAGGCAGCAGCCGCAGCAAACUGUCUUCGGGCUGCCGGGCCUCGGUGCAGAGGUGAUGGCGGAGGGGCCGCGGAGGGCAUUCCAUCAUCGUAAAUCUCCACACACUGCCUACGUUCGCUGCUGCUUCCUUCCCGGAGAUCGUCACAAGUGCCGGGCUCCCUCUGCCUACACGUCUCGCGCUGGGGAAAGAUGUCUGCCAGGGACAUGGGCCAGCGGGCCGUUUGACUUUUGAAGUAUGGAGUUGAGCCUUUUUUGCGUUGGUAGUGAACACAGGGAUCCGUUCCCCCCCCAGUGUAACACGUAAGCACGUCAGUCACUCGCCCUUCUAAACAGACACACUGGUAGACUUGUCCUGGUGUGUCUUCUGUCAGGUGGGUUAUGAGCGAGUGGUUCUGCUUUCUGGGGGCUCACAGCCGGCGGAGUGCUGGCUGAAAUGUUCCCUUAUUUUGCCUUGCUUAUUCACUUUCUUUGUGCACAAGGGGGGCGGCAGUAUUUCAUUUGUAUUUAAUAAAAAAAACGCCAAAACAUUUUUCAUCUCCCAGAUGGCUUCUUUAUCGCGAGGGGAAGAGCUGUCUGCUUCUCCGCCUUUGUAAAUAUCACAGGGGGAAGAAACCUUUUGUAACGGCUGUAAAUAGUAACUUGCGGCUAUUGGGAUUGCACCCUCACCUGAAAACCCCCCCUUUUUGGAAAAAAAAAACCUGGAUCCACAUGUUCAUAUGAUUGUUUAAAAUGCAAACAAGUAAAAGGGGUUUUGCAAAAAAAAAACUACUACUUGACAAAAACAUGCCAGAAGUAUCUGAAAGCAUUCAUAAAGCUUGUCAUAGAUCCCUGUUUUGUCCUUCCCAGUCUAAUGCUUAUAGCUCUGGCAUGCGGUUUUCCUCCUAUCAAAGCAAAAGGUGCAUUUCUGUGUGAACAAUUCCAGUUUUUCCUGGGUUCUUCAGCCAGUGUCCACAAGUUUGGAAAGAGAAUACUUAUGUGAAGUAUCUCCUAGAGAGAAUUGUUUUAUGUGCAGUAUAGUGCAAUGGCUGCAUAUACAGUACUGCCCACCUUAAUUUCUUCAUGCGAGAGCUGACGUAACAGAUGGGAAACUGAACUGUAAAAAAAAAAGUAUUUUUGAAAGGCUGUGAUGUUUUUUCUCCAUUAUUGUAGAUAUGUUUAAAAGAUGGGAGUACGUCUUUAUUUUUUUAUUUCAAGAUUUUUUGUAGGCAGAGGAACCUGUCUAAUCAGUUUUCAUGGCAUUCUUCGACGACAGGAGCUGACAACUCCAGUCCUCGUGAUAACCCAGGGUGUUCUCUGUGUGUCUUUAAAAUCGCUUACUGCUUCAGACCUGUGGAGAAAGGUUAAACUGGGGCCUUAAACCUUAAUUGCUCAAACUGUCCCAGUUUAACCCUUUUCUCAGUUGAAAAGCUGCUGACUUGUACGGUCUGAGAAGCAGGGCUGGAACCGCUGUUCUGCAAGAGACAUCUCUCUCCUUUCUGACCGCUGUAAACGAUUGCUCUCUUACCUUCCAGUGGUCCCCUGCAUGAAAUUGUUUGCUUUUGUAUUCUUCAGCUUUAGCUGCUUGAGACUAAAAGGUCAAAAAGAUUGAUACUAAGUAGUGUACUAUCCUUGUGAGGUGGCCAGGACAGUGAACCUAUGGAGUAUGGUUUCCUACUUCAGACGUGCCAUGUGUGUAGUCCUACACACUACAGUUUCCAGCACUUGUUGUUAUUAUUAUGUCCAGUAACAAACUUUAUGACUGGCACACUCCAUCUCCAUCAGUGUUGUUCGUCUAAGUGCAGUCUGGCUCAGUCGUACUUUAUUUGUCAGUUGUCUCCAUUUGUUAAACACUUGUUUCGUCUGUUAAAGUCUCUACAGAAGUAACCGGUUUUAGGUGACAAGAAGGUGGGGUGCUGAUUCUUCCGUCUGGGUAGAGCAAUGAAGACCAAAGCACAAUAAGAAGUAUGAACUUUUGUGGGAGAUCUAGAUAGUCCCUAGCUUGGAUUUGAAGUAGUCCCUUAGUUAUAUUACAUGCGCUUAAUGUAUGCAGGUUUGAGAUUAAAUGGGGGAUUUUGUGGGCGUUGUUUUUAAUCAGGGGUUGAAGGGAUGUUCUGAACAAACCUUUGUAAUUCUGGGUUCUCAAGCAUGAAGGAACUGGCAUGUCCUCAUCCCUUCAAACCGUUAUUAACUGGGUCACAGGAGUGUCAGAUGAAUUGCCUCAGGGUUCCUCAGAUUCUCUAUCUUUUUACAGGUUGUGUGUUUGCCGAUGAACGGUGCUGCCUGCCACAGAGACUUGACUAAUUACAGAUGCCCCUCUACCAGCCAGGGGUUUCCAGCUGUAAAGCAGGCUGGUCUGGUGCUGUUCUGUGUAAUUUUCUUCAGGUGAUGGGGUCAGGAACUAGGUGAGAUGUCAUGUCCCAGUAGGCUUGAACACGUUUGUUUCUAGGUAUCGGCACUAGAUUAACCAAAUCACAGGCCAGGUUAGUGAUACUACUGAACAAAGCGGAUUUUAACUUGUGUGCAGUUGCACAAUUCAUUGGUUUUGAACUGGCAAAAGCCAACUUGACCAUUUAUCAGUCUGACGGGAAAUGACGGUCAUAACUUCUUGUUUUCUGCAGUUUUUGUUGUUUUGCUACCCUCCAGUGGAAAUAUGUUUUUUUUGGUUUUGUUAUUUCUAGCUCUAAAUCUCUGUCUUUGGACAAGCAUGUGCAAGGCUUGGAUAAAAUUUUUGUUCAGGGUCACUACAAACUAAAGGUCCUGUGUAGGCAAAUGGCCUCUCAGUUUAAAGAUGGCCUCAAAUGAACAGGAGUGAAAAUCAGCUUCACUGUGAAUGCAAGGCUCUCAGUGGUCUUAUUUUGUACUGUUCUCUUUUGUACUGUAUGGAUAUCUUUUUUUUCCCUUUCAAAAAUUCAGGAACUCUCUAUUUACUGUUGUAGAUUCACUUGAAAUUCAGUUUACUCUGCUGGUAAAUUGUGAACUCAGAACUGAAGAAACUAACAAAGAAGGAUUGUCACAAACAGAUUGAGAUUUGGUAGUUUUCUGCCAAAGUGGUGUAUAUUUGCAGUUCUUACUGGUAACAUCACCUCAAAUGAAGCAUACUGGGGUUUUUUAAUUUACACUGUGUAAGAAAAGCAAUGUUUUUUUUACGUUCAUGCAAAUGUUGUACGUGUUCCCAUUAACAUGUUGGGUAAAGCUGGUUGUGAGUUGGACUGUUUCUUGCAGCCAAUGGUUAAAGACACUGUAACAGUAUAAAUGCAUUAAUUAUUAUGAAGUGUUUACUUUGUAAGCAAAACCUACAGAACUGUUUUACACUAAACGAUUGGACUACAAGGAGGUCAGAAUUUUCACAGUUGACCAUUUUUUUUUUACAGAAAACUUUUUUCAUUAAAUUUUGGAAAAUGCUAA